AAAUUUGGUUGGAAGUAUUAGGUUUGAUAAAAACGAACUUUGACAAAUUCCCUCAUAUUCAAUAAAUAGAUCUUGUAAUCCACGAAGUUUUUCGUAAGUAAUUUACUUUUUCUGUUGUGUGUAUUUCGUUAGAUCAUUUUGAGGGGACAUUAAGAGGUUAUAGCAAACGAUUGAGAACCCUGACGAAACGAAAUCUGCUUGUAUGUAAUAUAAGAAAAAUUACAAUCUCGAUAAUGCUUCCGUAUGGACAACGUUCGGGCAGACCUCUGAUGGUUUCUGGACACUGAAGCCAUUUACUUGGAGAGAAAACACCAACACUUCGCAAUAACAGUAUGCUGUCUAAACGAGGGUAUAACCCGGUGCAAGCGGAAACAAAAAAGAAGAAAAAGAGGGAACAAAACAAGCUCCGUGAAGAACGAGCCAAACGGUACGAAGAAAAGCUAUCGCAUAAAAAUGUAGGACAAUUAGAGCGUCAAAUCGCGGAAUUGUCUGCCUUGGAAGGAUCACAAGGUCUAAACGCUCAUGAUAAACAAAUAUUGCAAAAUUUAGAAAAGGAUUUAGCGGUCAUACGAAAGAAGAAUAUUCAUGGUCAUUCGGUAGGCAGGAUUGAGUCUGAAAAAACAAAAGAAGAAGAAAGAAGGAUCAAACCGAAGCGCCCUUUCAUUCCAAAAAAUCCUAAAAAAAGUAUUUAUUAUGAUCCAGUGUUUAAUCCAUACGGCGUACCUCCUCCGGGAAUGUCGUAUCGCGAAAAGGAAGAAGAAAGUUCAGAGACUGAUGAGUCCGUAAUCGACAUACCUAUCCCUGAAGGAGAAUAUCCUUUUGAGGAACAGAAGAAAAAAGAUAACAGAAAACCUCGUAAUGUUGCAAGACGGCGAGAUGAUAUUAAAUUGGCCGAGGUAACUCCAAAUAGUAAACCAUCAGAUGCUCCGGGAAUGGAAGAAAAGCAAGAAACUGAUACUCAAGAAAAGGACGUUGUUACAGAGUAUUCUGCUCAACCAAUCGUCCGCGAUUUGCGAAAGGAAGCUACUCAAUUUCUUCCCGCAACUGUGCGCAACCAAAAGCGCAAAUUUAGGGAAGACGAAUCGCCGGUAACUGACGAUUCGUCUAAAGGAAAACAGAACCUGGAUUCAGAAAACGAACUAAAUAAAUUUUAUCAAGAACUCAACGGAGCGUAACGACGCCAAACCCUUGUCUGCAUUUUCGUUAAUGAUUAAAAAGGAUGUAUUUAUUGGAUUUCUUAUUACAUUCACCAACUUUGUUUUCAGUAAGUAGAUGAUAGAAUACCUGA